AAAUAGCGAAGAUCCGAAAGGUCGAACUUUGGACCUAUUGCAAGUACUUUGCACCUGUUUUGCGACCUGGAUCUGGAUGACAGCGAUGUGACAGUGUAGGGGCCACGCACAGGUACAUCUGAUGUGGAUCCUCACUAGGGUGAGAAUGGAAGGGGCAGGGAGGCGCCUCAAGCACCUGCAGGCGGUGCUGAGCCCCUCGGGAGCCAGAGCCGGUCUCAGGAUACGUCUAUCAUCAUCUACUGGAGAUGGGACGAGGGCAAGUAUAGGCGACAUCAGCAUCGUCCUGCGAGAUGCCAAAAACGCAGAGCUUGUGCCACGGAAAUACAUGCCGGCCAAUGUCUCCCAGUCCGUGCUGCGCCACCUGAGAUGGAUCAUGCAAAAGGUUUGUACACAUCAGAACGCUGAAUAUUGA